AAACUUAUAAUCAGUGACACUUUGUUGUUUGGUCAUUACUUGGAGGAUAUUGGUCAGUUUAAUACGUGGUACUUGAAAUAUUGGGUUGUACAUUCUUUGACUGUGAAGAGGACUCUGAUAAGAUACAUUUCCAUGAGAAGGAACAAACUAAUCAAUCAUGGCUCGUACGAAGCAGACUGCACGUAAGUCUACCGGUGGGAAAGCUCCCCGCAAGCAACUGGCCACCAAGGCCGCGCGUAAGAGCGCCCCGUCCACCGGUGGUGUCAAGAAGCCUCAUCGUUACAGGCCCGGUACCGUGGCUCUCCGUGAGAUCCGUCGCUACCAGAAGAGCACGGAGCUGCUGAUCCGCAAGCUGCCAUUCCAGCGUCUGGUCCGUGAGAUCGCUCAGGACUUCAAGACCGAGCUGCGAUUUCAGAGUGCGGCUAUCGGAGCCCUGCAGGAAGCUAGCGAGGCCUACCUGGUUGGACUCUUUGAGGACACCAACCUGUGCGCCAUCCACGCCAAGCGUGUGACCAUCAUGCCCAAGGACAUCCAGUUGGCUCGUCGCAUCCGUGGCGAGCGUGCCUAGGCUCUGAUGGCCCCGGCAGAGCGUUGCCAACUCAGCCGCUCCUUUCUUGGUGGUGUUUUUUUUUUAUUUUAAAUAAAUUCCUUGGCAAAUUUCUUCUUGUAGCCUUGCCAAACCGAUAGAGUAUUUUUACAAUUUGACGUUGUGCGUAUGUGUGUGGUUUCGUGCUUGUUUGCCCUCUGGCUUCGUGAGUAAUUAAUAUGUUUUUCCCUUCAUUUUGUACUUUUUGUUUUUAGAUUUUAACUAAAAAUGUGCUCUUUGCUUAAAAUCUUACAGUCUCAUUGCCUCAAGUAAUACACAAAUUGUGCUGGGAAAAAAAUCAACAUAACGGAAAUACCAUUUUGAAUUCAAAUGCAACCUCAAUAUCAAUCUGGGAAACUGAUGUGAAAAUCCCACCCUGUCUGUAAUUGGAUAUCACGCAAACGUACCAAUCUUUGAUUUUUCUUUCUGUACUACCUGAGGUAAUUAUGAGAACACAUGUCAUUCAAAUUAUGUGAGUGUUGUCAUUUCUAGUUAAAGUAUCGAUGUUUAUCGCUUGUAAGUAGCUUUCUCGCCCUUAAUUUAUCAAAAGAAUACACUUGGCGUAAAAACAAAAAGAACAUGCAGCAUAUAAAUUGCAUUUGUUAGGAAGUUUACAGACUGAAAUUUCCCCAAGACUCUCGUUAAUACGAGGUUUUAUUUAUGUCCUUUUUACCAGCAUACCAAGACAAGGCAAGCCUAAUAGAGCUGGUCCCAGAGUUCACAAAACUCUAGUUUAAUUGAUUCAGAACGGCUUAUUCACUGGAUGCCCAUUACAGUUGAUCCUAUUUGAUUGCAAUGCCGGGCUCUCUUCAACAUCCUACAACCAGUCUCAGUCAGUAAGUCUGUCAGUCAGUAAGAUAAGUACAAAGAUAGGAAAGAAUGUUGCAACCUGACGCCACUUCUUUUUUCUUCAUACAUCAUCUCAAUAAAGGUCAGACAUGGCAAAAAUGUUGAAAAGACAUGAAUCUGGGACUGAGAAACAUUUCCAAUUUUGUUGGGAAAUACUUGGAAGAUUGUCUUAACUCUUCAUGGACUUAGUACACAAUUGCUCAAGUGGAGUCUGGAUACUACAUUCUUUUCCUAAGAUAAUUACUAGGCUGACCCUCACAGACAAGCAGAUGCAUUACAUCAUUUUUGCCUUUUUCAGAAAAAAAGGAAAACAAUCUUUGUAUUAAACAAGACUUGAAAUAUUCACCGAGGCUACAUUUGUUGUUUGUAAGUGGUAAUGUUAAAACCGUAUUUUACUACAUUCUAUAAAAGGGGACCAAACAACUUAUUCGUACUCAGACAAGUACACAAAAUGUAAAACUUCGGUGCUGGCAAUGUACGGAAGUUCUAUCAGGGAUUUUUUCAACAAGUUUUGGAUUGUAUUUUUUGGAUGUGUAUAAGUCCCAUAUACCCUGCGUGAAUUAUUCUAUUUCGUCUGUUUUAGUGUCUUCAAUUGAUUAGUUAUUAACAUGUAGCCAGUAAUAUGUCUGUGUCAAUAAGGAAAUUGUCUAUGUAAAGUAUCUUAAGUAGUUUGUUCCCAGACCCAGGUAAUACUAUUCACAUUCAUUGGUGAUAUAAGGACUAUCUUAAAGGCAUAAGGAUCAUUUGCUUUUCAUGCAUGUUGUUCGUUUACAAUAAUACCACCACUCAAAAUCCAAAGAAGAAUGUUCAAACCCUAUUAAACCUGUUGAGGUUUCAGCCCAGUGGAUACAAAAUGCAUUACACUCCGAUAAAGCAGUGAAAACCCAUGCACAACCUUUCGAUCACGAAACACAGUUUCGUCCACAGAACUCUUUCUAAAAACCAGUCGAUUGACUGAUGAUUGGAAAUCGCUUCAUUUCUUGAUUUCUUCUAAAUGACAGCAAACCAGACGGCUAAUUGCUUGAUUAUUAUUCGGUAGGUUACUUUUGGAAUACAUGCAAAUGAUUUUUCAUGUAUAUGCCUUUAAAUAUGAAAUAUUACAUAAAAAAAAACUCUCCAUGAAAAAUGCCAUCCGAGACCUCAAGUAUUUGGAGGAUUGUAUGCUGCCCUCAUCAUUUGCGUAAUUGUAAUAAAAUACUCCCCAAUUGGAAAAAAAA